UGCAGAUAUCUUUGAUCUCUCUCCAUAUUAAUGCUUCUCAAUGAAGAAUCCACACUUUCUUUGGUUUCAUACGAUUUUGUUUAUGUCCUUUUACAUUAGCCAAUCGACCGGCUUCAAUUCAACCGCUGCAAAAGCUGAUAUAGGAGUGAUUCUUGAUCUUGACACUCCUCUUGGAAAGGUAUGUAGGACUUGCAUCUCAAUGGCAGUCGAAGAUUUCUACGCCAACCGCGAUCACACCACCACGACCGUGCCUCAUUUUCGGGAUUCAAAGAGUGAUGUUAUCGCUGCAGCUUAUGCAGCUAUAGAUCUAAUGAAGAACACUCAAGUGAUGGCGAUCUUGGGGCCACAAAACUCGAAUCAAGCCGACUUCGUGAUAAAUAUGGGCGACAGAGCAAAGAUUCCAAUCAUUUCACCAGCAAUGAGUCCAUCUCUUUCGCCUCAAGAUUCACCCUUCUUCAUAAGAUCAGCAUGGCCUUCCUUUUCCCAAUCCAAAGCAAUCGCAGCAAUCAUAGAAAAACAUAAUUGGUGGAAAGUCGUUUUCGUCUACGAGGAUUCGGGUUUUGGGAGGGGCUUAGUCCCUUUCUUGGACGAGGAUAUGCUCGAGAGCAACGCUCAUGUCUCGUACCAAACUGCUAUUUCACCGACAGCCACUGAUGAUCAAAUCGCUCGUGAGCUAGACAAGUUGAUGAAGAUGCAGACGAGGGUGUUUGUGGUUGAUAUGCUUCCAGAUCUCGCUUCCCGGUUCUUCAAGUUGGCGAAAGAAGCCGGGAUGAUGGGCGAGGGAUAUGCUUGGAUUGUUUCUGAUCCGCUUGCCAGUCUAUUGGAUUUGAUGGAUUCGAAGACUGUGGAGGCGAUGCAGGGCGUACUAGGUGUGAAGGCCCGUGUUCAAGAAUCCGAAGAAGUUGCAAACUUUACGAAGAGAUAUAACAAUAGGUUUCGCUAUGAUAAUCCGGAUAUGGAUGUUGUAAAGCUUAAUGUUUUUGGCCUCUGGGCUUAUGACAGCAUGACAUCUAUAGCGGAUUCAAUCGAACGAGCUGGAGUGACAUCUCCGCGAUUCAAUAGAUCAGUCGAUGGAGAAAAUUCCACUGAUUUGGAGGCGAUAGGAACAUCAAGCACGGGAUCUUUACUCAAUGGUUUAAUGAAAAACCACGCAUCGAAAGGGUUGAGUGGCGAUUUCAACGUAAGUAACGGGCAACUGCAGCCGUCUGCGUUUGAGGUAGUGAAUGUACAUGGGGAAAGUGGAGUCACUGUCGGGUUCUGGUCUGAGCGAUGCGGGCUUUUGAAGCCGGGAGAUAGCGAAGAUGGUUGCGUAAGGAACACGGAAAACCUUGACCUCAUUGUAUGGCCGGGGAAGACGGGUGAUGCGCCUAGAGGGUGGGAGUUUCCGACAAGUGGGAAGGCGCUGAAGGUUGGGAUUCCGGCAAAAGGAGGAUUCCUUGAAUUCGUUGAAUUCGCGAAAAAUGUUUUCGAGGAGGUGUGGAAUAAGACGCCCUAUGCUGCGCCAAUCGAAUAUAUACGGAGUGAUGAUGGUGAAGAAUAUGAUGGUUUUGUCAAGAAGUUAGAUCUUAAGGUGAUUGAUGUGGUGGUGGGAGAUGUGACUAUCACGGAGGAAAGAUCGGAGUGGGCAGAUUUCACAAUUCCUUACACGGAAUCCGGGAUUGCGAUGGUUGUCCGAACUGAGCCUGAUGACAAAAAGAAUGCUUGGAUAUUCAUGAAGCCUUUAACGGGUGGCCUCUGGAUAACAAUUGGAGCAUUCUUCGUCUUCACCGGGGUUGUUGUAUGGAUUCUUGAGCAUCGGAUAAAUGAAGAAUUCCAAGGCCCCCGUCACAAGCAAAUCGGGAUGAUUUUCUGGUUCUCGUUCUCAACACUUGUUUUUGCACACAAGGAGAAAGUGAGUAGCAACUUGACAAGAUUCGUGUUGAUUGUCUGGGUGUUCGUGGUGCUGGUUUUGACGUCAAGUUACACUGCAAACUUGACGUCCAUGCUAACGGUGGAGCAACUGAAUCCUGAAAUCAACGCUGGAGAUUGUGUUGGUUACCAGAAGGGCUCCUUUGUUGGCGGUUUCUUGAUAGACGACAUGAAUUUUGACAAGUCCAAUCUUAGAAGCUACAGCACGUUGGAAGAAUUCGAUGAUGCCCUCUCCAAAGGCUGCAGCAAUGGAGGAGUUGAUGCAAUCUAUGAUGAAAUGCCUUACAUUAAUCUCCUUCUUUCCAAAUCGAAAAACUCCCACAAGUAUAAAAUGAUCGGUCCGACCUAUCCUAAUUCCGGCUUUGGAUUUGCAUUUACAAGGGGUUCGCCACUAGUUUCGGAUGUUUCAAGAGGGAUCGUUAAGCUGACAGCAAGCAAGGAAAUAUCGAGAAUCUCGGAGAAAUGGGUUGGGGAAGCUAGUAAUGGAACUCGGAACACAUCUAACAAUAGCCUCGAUGUAGCUAGCUUUGAGGGGCUCUUCCUCAUUGCAGGGCUGUCUUCAACACUAGCUUUGCUUAUAUUCUCCUUCAAUUUCUUACAUGAGAAUCGGCUUUUGCUGACAUCGACUGAUUCGACUAUGGAAAAGCUUCGUGGACUUGCUAGAGCGUUUGUGAUGGGAAAAGACAAGCCGUUGUCGCCAAAGGCAUCGACGUCAAGACAAGUCCGCGGAGGUGGUGGAGGAGGAGGAUCAAGCGCAGCUAUGGGCAGCUUCAGUUGGAAGAAGCUCGGCUAGAAAGGAGUUCGGUAAGCUCGGCUUACCGAGCUGGAACUAGCCUGGAACUAGCCGAGAAGAAGAAGGCAGAAGUCGGUAAGCUCAGCGAUA